AUGAUAUUGCACAUUUGUCAAUAUCUUCGUAAUACCGAUAUUCUUUAUUCUUUGUUCAAUCUCAAUACUCGUUUCAAUGUGUUAAUAAGUGGAUUUUGUUAUAAUUUGGAUCUUAAUAAUACUACACAUAAACAAUUUAAUUGUGUUUUGUCGAAUAUUUUAUCUCAAAUAGGUUCAAAUAUACAAUCAUUUGUACUCAAUGGAAAUUGGACAAGUUUUCUAUCAUAUAAAAAAGAUCCGAUACAUCUCCAUUCGAAUUUAUCAUUAAUGUUCCCUAAUUUACAGGUGUUAACAUUAGAAUAUUUUACUGGUGAACACUUAUGUACAUUUCUUGAAAAAAUGCAAAGUCCCUUAAAACUUGUCAAACUUAAUAUAAAAUAUCUCAUGGAUAACUCUCAAAGUGAAUUGUUAGAACGAGUUUUAUCUAUUAAUAAUUGUCGAUUAAGAUCGAUAACAUUCGAUCAAAAUUCAAUCUUUUUACCAUUGGAAAUAAUCGAUAAAACAAGUUUAUAUCCAAAUAUUGAAGAAUUGACUGUUAACUUGAUAGAUUGUGAGAUGCUAGGAAAUUUGUUUACACUUCUAGUGCAUAUACGUCGUUUACAUAUAAAUCUUGGAGUAGCACCAUCUGUGUCAACAGCAUCAUUAAAGAAUGUACCAGCUCUUAUUCAUCUAACAGACUUUCAAUUAUAUUCGAUCCAAAUGUCUUGGACAUUUGAAAAUAUUCAAGAUAUAAUGUGUAAGAUGCCAUCUUUACAGAGAUUAGCAUUAUAUCUAAGUACAGAAGAUAGACGUCUCGUUAACAAACAAGAUCUCGCUACAAUUCUUCCAUCAUCACAAAUACAGAUGGAUUUCUUCAUUGUAUAUCAUUUUUCAGAACCAUCUAUCGAAGUUGAUACUUCGCUUGAUACAUGGCCACGAGGUCAGAUUUCAAUGACACGAUUAUCAGAUGGAUCCAAUCAAUAUGCUCUCAUUCAUACCGUUCCUUUCAAUGGAAAAUCGCUCGUUAUUCCUUCAAUACUAGGUAAAAGUAUGUUACCCGCUUGGAAAUACAUGCAGAAAGUUAGAAAUCUACGUAUUCGGGGAGAAUUAUCUUCUAUUGAUAUGUUGAUGAUUAUGCAACAUCUUCAUGGAAUUGAAACAUUCAGAGUGGAUUUAAAAAUGGAUUUAGAAACACCUAUUGAAACACAAUCAGUUGUUUUACACUUACCGCAACUCAAAAAACUAAAAGUUGCUGGAUCGUGUGAAUUAUUUCGUAUACUUGAAGCAGCUCCUAAUCUUAAUGAUUUGUCAAUAACUUUCGAUUGUUACAAUAGAAUAAUCAAUGACGAAUCAUUAUGUAAAUUAUUAGAAAAACGAAUUGUACGUCUUGAAAUUUUUCGAUUAGAACACAAUCAAAAGAUACAGUUAGAUUUGAUUAUUAAAAAAUUUACAAAUCUUCGUCAUAUGGUUCUUUGUAUAAGUGAUUCAUCAGCUGACAUCGAUUCGCUUUUCUUACAAGGUCUCGAAAUGUGGAGAGAAGAAGAACUCAUUUAUCUUUGUCUCAAAGGUCCUCUAUCACAAAAUAGACGUAGUACUGUUCAUCAAUGGUUUAAUGAUCAUAGUUAUUUACAGAUAGAAGCUAUUAUACGUGAUGAAAAUCUCCAUAUAUAUAUUGUUGGUGGUCGUCGUCCUUCUUGCUGUUUGGCACUAAACUAUGUGGUAUGUGGUUUAACAGUAGGAUCUGCUGUUUAUAAGCAAUACGCAUCAUGGAGUGAUGUGGAUACAAAGCAAGCUUUUGGUACAACAUGUAAUUCACAAUUUAAAGGUGGUUUCCAUGAUUGGGAAUGGAAAUGGAGUGGCAAAUUUUCGUGUCCAUCACUUAGUCCGACUGUUAUGGGCGAAAGUACACAGUACGCAAGCCGAACUGGUGCAAUUGAACAUGCGGUUCAAGACUAUGUCACAAAAAUGACAUCAGCCGGUUUAUUGAAGCCAGAACAACUUAACACAUAA